AUGGCUGCUGCUACCACCGCUGCCUCGGGCGAGCAACCUACCGUCUUCCCCCACAGCCAUGUCGGUUUCGACAGCAUUACCUCCCAGAUUGAGCGGAAGCUGUUGAAGCGUGGCUUCCAGUUCAAUGUCAUGUGUGUUGGACAAACUGGUCUCGGAAAAUCCACCUUAGUCAACACCAUCUUCGCAUCCCACUUGAUCGACUCCAAGGGUCGUCUUACCCCCAAUGAGCCCGUGCGCUCAACCACCGAAAUUCAAACCGUCUCGCACAUCAUCGAGGAGAACGGUGUGCGCCUCCGUCUAAACAUCGUCGAUACCCCAGGAUACGGUGACCAGGUGAACAAUGACCGAUGCUGGGACCCCAUCGUCAAGUAUAUUAAGGAUCAGCACUCUGCAUACCUCCGCAAAGAACUCACUGCGCAGCGUGAGCGAUACAUCCAAGACACUCGCAUCCACUGCUGCUUGUUCUUCAUCCAGCCUUCCGGCCAUGCCCUCAAGCCUAUCGAUAUUGUCGUCCUAAAGAAGCUCUCCGACGUCGUGAACGUUGUUCCCGUCAUCGCCAAGGCUGACUCUUUGACCCUCGAGGAGCGUCAGGCUUUCAAGGAGAGAAUCAAGGAGGAGUUCGCCUUCCACAACCUGAAGAUGUACCCCUACGAUAACGACGAGCUUGACGAUGAGGAGCGCGCCAUCAACGCGCAAAUCAAGGAUAUCAUUCCUUUCUCCGUCGUCGGAAGCGAGAAGACCAUUGUCGUCAACGGCAAGCAAGUCCGCGGCCGUCAAAACCGCUGGGGAGUCAUCAACGUCGAGGAUGAGAACCACUGCGAAUUCGUCUACCUGCGCAACUUCCUGACCCGCACCCACCUGCAGGAUCUGGUCGAGACCACCAGCCAGAUCCACUACGAGACCUUCCGUGCUAAGCAGCUGAUGGCUCUGAAGGAGAGCAGCGCCGCUGGCGGCCACUCAGGCGGCAGCCGGCCCAUCAGUCCCUCUGCUGACCGAGAGCUGGGCGGCCGCAGCACCCCACGUGGCGGCAUGAACGGAUACUAA